GUAAACGCUAUUUUGUCACAAACAUGUUUCCGUACAAGUAAUGGAAAAUCGUGCUAGUUAGUUUGUAUCCAUUAACAUAUGAACUAUUUACAUUAGACAGUAUAACUUAACACGGGGAUGGCUGCGGAGUGUAGGAUUAGGAAGAGCGAGUGUGCCGAGGUUAGUGAGGUUAUUGUGGGUGAACCUUACUGUGUGUCCGUGCUGAAACAUGGCUACUGCCUGAACCAGACUGAUGGCUCUUUUCGGGCAGACGGCAGCAUUACCUUACUGACCGGACCGACAACUAUACUGGUGGACACGGGAGGGCCAUGGGACAGAGACUUCCUACUCUCUAAAUUAAAAGAAAAAGGAUUGUCACCUGCCGAUGUGAGUUUUGUGGUUGGUACACAUGGACACUCGGACCACGUGGGCAAUUUAAACCUGUUCCCCAGAGCAACAGUAGUCGUGGGGUGUGACCUAAGCCAGGGGGAUAGAUACCUGCCGAAUAUGCUUGCGGAGGGGUCACCCUACCCCAUCGACCCAUAUGUGUCCAUUAUACCUACGCCUGGCCAUACAGGACGUGAUGUCAGUGUUCUUGUAAAGGGAACAGUUGUGGGAGAAGUUCUCGUGGCUGGGGACCUGUUUGAGUGUUGUGCUGAUGAAGACUCAUGGAGAGAGCUUAGCGAGAACCCAGAGUUGCAGGAGAUGAGUCGGCGGACUGCUUUAAGGACUGCUGAUGUCAUCAUUCCUGGACAUGGAGCACCAUUCAGGGUGUUCAGGGAAUCAGGAGACUGAGGACAGGAACUCUGUCCUACAGUAAUGUAUAGUUGGGUCUGGGGCGCAGAUCAAGUCUAAUCUUAGAUUCGUUGUUCACUCAAAGUUGUAUAAAUAAAUAAAUAAAUAAAUAAAUAACACUUUUAUUAUCCACUUUAUUGUGCAAUGCCACAGUUGUUUAUUUUUGUGUUUUGCAGUGUCCCCCUUGGUAGUUAAAACCCCCUUAAAAUCAGAGCUUCUGAUUUUAAGGAUAGUUUUUUUUUAUGACCAAGGGUCAGUGGUAGACCAGUUCGAUUCUGAAGUACUUUAAUUUCUGAUACAAUUUUUUUUUAACACACUGCUUUUAAAGUGGUGGGAUUUAAAUUGUAUGAUACUUAGGAAAUGAAUUUCAGUAGAGAAUAACACAGCUUUCAGUGUUCUUUUUUUAUUUUUUUUAUUUAUUUUUUUUUACAUCUAAAAUAAACAUUUAACAGUGAAAAGGUGAUUGUGAAUUUAUAGACAACCCAACCUGAAACACAUUUAAUUAUUUAUUUAUUUAAUUAAUUCAUUCCUGUCCAGUAACUGUUCUGGGAGAAAUCCUGAUUUGACAUGCUCAUUUGUUUCAUGGGAGCAAGAGUUUUUUAUUGUGGAGCAUUAAAGGACAGCUCAGAUAAGCUCAUGGGGAGGGUUGCCAGGUUUAUUGAAGUUCCCAAAGCUAACUAACCCACACACUGAUUUACAGUACUGGAAAUACAAUCAGUAUAUGUAGAACCUGGCAACCCUGCUUGCUAGACAAAUACCAAAUUUGGUAACAUGGAUACUAAUAGGAGAUGCACUACACAUCACAGGAGUCUGACCAAAACAGUGCCUCCAGAAUAAAAUUAUAUUUUUGCCAUAUUUCUGUACAAACAAAAGUAAUAUGUUUUUAGAUUUUGAGCCCAAGAUACAACACACUGUCCUUGUACAUUCAUUUGCGUGUUUUUCUUUAAUGAUUGUUCUCCAUUGCUAUUAAAAGAAAAUUUCUUAGAAAAUUA